AUGUCGACGGAGACGCAUCUUUUUCGUAGCACAGUACUUAUUACUACGGAAAGUCGAGAAACGGUCGUACCCGAAACUACUGUAAUCCAAAUCAGUAUGGACGACGGGUUUCCGAUCAGCUUGAAGCUCUUCAACCAUGUCAGAGGAAGCUCCGGCUAUCCAGACCUCCUAACCGAAAGAGGAGUUACGGUCCCUCUCUCUCGUCUCAAGCCAUCAGCCGAAGGCAACAGCAGGAGAAUCCGGCGUCGGUAUAGAAAGGUUCUGGCCGCCAACCUUAUCAGGAUGGGUGUCCCAGAAGAUGAACACCGGGGUAUUAUUUGGAAAAUAUUUCAGGCCGUUGAUGACGUGGCCAUCCACGGAAGCAGCCGGGAGGGGUUGCCUACAGUUACUGUCCUCAUGGUCAUGGAGGAGGUGACUGUGAAUAACUAUAAUAAUAAUAAUAUACCCCCAUCGUUAGGUUUUCGAACAAGUGUCGAAGAACCAUUAUAUUACAAGCUGCUUGGAUUAUUCUAUUGUCCUAAAUUUCCUUUUCAUAAACCUCGUUCUGAGGAUGUGGACGGUUUGGACAGGGUGAUGGUUAGGUUGGAAGAAGGGGUUAGAUGUAGGGCAUGUCUAAUUUGUGGCGAGGCCCUUGAUCCUCCUCGUCCUCUUGGAGAAGAAGAAGAAGAUCAUCGUCAACAUCAACAAAAAGAAGGGGUGCCCAAGAAGAUUAGUAUGAUUUCUCGCUUGCCUUGCUCGCAUCUUUUUCAUCAAGAUUGCAUUGUGCGGCUGUGGCUGCGUAGUAGUAGGAGCAGUCGCGGCGGAGGUUGUCCCGUGUGCCAAUUGACAAUGCUCGUUAAGGGCACAAAGGACGUGCUCGCGAAAUUUCAAACACCCUCGAGAUCGUGGGGGUUGCCGCUCACGAUAUUUACCGGCGGCAUAAUAACUGCCGGUACGCUUCUUUGCAAAUUAUUGAAGCAUCGAUCAUCAAAAGGGAAUUAA